UGCGCCCGCUGAUUGGUUUGAAUCUCUAUCCUCGAAGCAGACUCUUCGGGCAAUUGUUCUAGUCAGUCAAUACAUAAGCUGUAUAAACACUAUAUAAAAAUAAAAAUUGAUUAAAAUGUUUAUAUAUUUGUAAUUGUAAAUUUUAAAUAGCUUACAAAAUAAUGCCGUCCCGAUCAGAAGAUAUUUUAAAAGGAUUCCAAGUAAAUUGGAUGAAUUUGAGAGAUGCAGAUUCCGGAAAAAUACUGUGGCAAGGAAACGAAGAUUUAUCAGUACCUGAGGUUGAACAUGAAGCAAGAGUUCCAAAGAAAAUCUUGAAAUGCCGAGCUGUAUCUCGAGAAAUAAAUUUCAGUUCUGCUGAGCCACUGGAAAGGUUUCGGUUGGAGCAGAAAGUUUUAUUCAAAGGGCGCUGUCUAGAGGAAUGGUUUUUCGAAUUCGGUUUCGUCAUUCCAAAUAGUACUAACACAUGGCAGAGUUUGAUUCAAGCGGCUCCAGAAAGUCAAAUGAUGCCAGCAAAUGUUCUUAACGGAAAUGUCGUCAUCGAAACCAAGUUCUUCGAUGACGAUCUAUUGGUCUCAACGAGUCGCGUUCGUCUUUUUUAUGUUUGAAACUCCAACGAACAAACUAAUAACAAUAUUCCAUUAAAUUAAUUUAUUAAUUACUUUUAAUAACUGAUAUAUUAAAAAUAAUUUUUAACUAGCUGAUUGAGAUGAAAAAUUUUAUCAUCAUAUGUUGAUUAUGAAUUAUGAUACUAUAAUUAUUACUAUUAUAUCAACCUAAAAGAGUUUUAUAAACACAUUUUAGUAAUUGUGUGAUUGCAUUUACGCACGAUUUUUAUUUAUUUAUCUAUACAGUCAAUCAGAGUUACUAAAGCCUAGUUUUAGUAUGGUUCACUGCGUUUUGGGCCCAAGACAAUUCACCCUUAGGUCAAUUGAUACAUUGAUAAAUAAUGUUAAACAAUACUUUUCCGCGGCUUAUGAUUCUAGAGAUAAAAUGAAUAAAAAAAUAAAUCUUACGUAGAAACAAAAAUAUCAUCUAUAUUUUAAUAAUAUUUUUUUUUUCGUGUAAUAAAUUACUGUCAUUAUUUCGAGUAACAAAUAAAUAGUUUUUUAGACCGUAGAUGGGUGGACCGUGUGUGUAUUUAUUCGAAAAUAGACCAACUUAUAAGCUUGUUACCAUGAUGUGGUUUCUUAUCGUAGAUUUUGUGUGUGUUUAUCCGAAAAUGUUAUAAUUUUCGUCCGGGAUUAUUUUGUCCGAGUUUUUUUUUUUUUUAAUUUUAUCAGACAUUUUUUAGAUUUCUUUUAGAAAUAUUUAAAUUA